AUAUUCUCCCACUCCCGGAAACAGCGUCGGUAGCCGUAGCCGCCGCCAGUCGUCGGGUGAGCAAAAAAUAGCAGCGAGAAAGCGUGGAAGAGAGUUGCGGAGUCUUCGUUGGCUCUCUUGGCGUUGCCGUCGGUGACGUAAAACCAGCAAAGGAUUCGGCACAAUGGCGCGCGGGCAGCAGAAAAUCCAGUCGCAGCAGAAGGCCCAAAAGAAGGCGGACGCGAUUAAGAAGCAGCAGAACCACGACCAAAAGGCGGCCGCAGCCAAGGCAUUGGUGCACACCUGCACCGUUUGCAAGGCGCAAAUGCCGGACCCAAAGACGUAUAAGCAGCACUUUGAAAACAAGCACCCCAAGAUGGAGCUGCCCGACGACCUGAAGGCUGUCUGAGGCACGUCGCGCGCUCGUUUGGUGGGUCACGGAUGUCCCUGUGGCGACCCAGACUAGUUGCGCGUCCUCCCCCGGUUUUUUUAUACUCCCCUGUACAGCUCGCCCCCGGAAGAAGGAAGCAAAGUUCGUGAAAUAAACUGGGAACCAGACCUUUCUACCUUUCA